AUGACACAAAAUUUCGUGUUUAUUUUUUCUCCGCAAAUGAGAAAAGGCAAAAAGGCCAAAAAAUGCCAUUUUAAGGAUGAAUUAGUAUCAUUGGCAAUUGACAAUGAGAAACAUCAAGUCAUGUCAUGGGAUUAUGAUAAAAUGUUUUUACAGUGGAAUUUCAAUGAACUUUCAUUGAAAUAA